GGUCCUUCCCUGCUGCCGGGCACACGAGAAGAGACUCAGCCCCCCAGCUGUUCGCAACAGCUGUGUGUCCGCUCCAGCUGCCAAGCGGGCCAAUAGGCGGAGAAGGGCCCGCCCCUAGUGAGGGAGGCGGAGGAUCCCAGGGUGCCCCGGCUUUUAGGGGAAAGCAAACAGGGAAAAGCCACUCCGUUGUUAGCGUCCGGGCCCUGCAUUUCUCUCCAGUAGCUGCUGCCGCUGCCAGACUGGACUUUCUCCAUCCUCCUCUUCUAACACCUACCUCAAAAUUGCUGGAGGCUGCGGGGCUCUCUCCCUGAAAGUAGGAGGAGGAGGCGGCAGCGGCGGAUUGGUUUGCAAAAGGGAACGCAGUGUAGUUGAAAAAGGGGUUUCACUCCGGAAUAAGCCCCUCUCCCACCACGUGUAAACGCACCCAGGCGCGCACUACUCUCCCCGUUUGUUUGCCUAGAGCUGUCCGGCUGGCAGGGCCAGCGAACGACGCGGAAGAUGCACACGACCCAGAAGGACACCACUUACACCAAGAUCUUUGUCGGGGGCCUUCCUUAUCACACCACCGACUCCAGCCUGCGCAAGUACUUCGAGGUGUUCGGGGAGAUCGAGGAAGCCGUAGUCAUCACCGACAGGCAGACCGGCAAGUCCCGGGGAUACGGAUUUGUCACCAUGGCUGAUAGAGCAGCUGCUGAAAGGGCUUGCAAAGAUCCCAAUCCUAUCAUUGAUGGCAGGAAGGCCAAUGUGAACCUGGCAUACCUGGGAGCAAAACCAAGGAUAAUGCAACCAGGUUUUGCCUUUGGUGUUCAGCAUCUUCAUCCAGCUCUCAUACAGAGGCCUUUUGGGAUACCUGCUCAUUAUGUCUAUCCACAGGCUUUUGUGCAGCCAGGAGUUGUAAUUCCACAUGUCCAACCUACAGCAGCUGCUGCCUCCACCACACCUUACAUUGAUUACACUGGAGCGGCAUAUGCACAAUACUCAGCUGCGGCAGCUGCUGCUGCCGCUGCUGCCUAUGACCAGUACCCGUAUGCAGCAUCCCCAGCUGCUGCAGGAUAUGUCACUGCUGGGGGUUAUGGCUAUGCAGUCCAGCAACCACUCACUGCUGCAGCACCUGGGACAGCUGCUGCAGCCUUUGGUCAGUACCAGCCACAACAGCUGCAAACAGACCGCAUGCAAUAGCAGAGGGACUUGUGAAGAAAGAUAGAUCUCUUUCUUUCUCUUCCUUUUUUCCAGCCUUCCAAUAUAAGUAGUUAAUAAGAGACAAUUAACAUUUAACUAAGCAGCUUUAAGAAAAGCUAUGCUACUGCAAAGUUAAAGAUUUUUUUUUUAUUCCACUGUCUUCAUACAGCAUGCAUCCAAAUAAUGUUGCUAUUAGGGUAGGGAAGGGGUGGGGUAGGGUGGGGUGGGGGUACCAGUUUCAGGUAUCAAUUGAGAAGAAACAUGUACUGUCAUGAAAGCAUGGCAGGAGUAACAAUGGGACUUUAUAUUUAAAAAAAUAAAAAGUAAAUGUGUAUUUUUUACAGUAUCAGGGAAGCAAACUGCCUUUUACAAGUGAGAAAAUAUUAUUUGAAAACGUUGAACCAGGGAAAAAAUCAGUGAGCAAUAUGUAGCCUGUAUCAAGUUUAAUUUAAAAAAAAUGUGUAAAGCACUGAUUGUCAUUUCUAGUUUUCACUGUGGCCUAUAGAACUUUGUUUUAGUGAGAAAAUAUUUUCUCACUAUCUCAUUAAUGGGCAUCGAACAAUCUGAGGAACAUGGCCGGUUGAUAAAAUGGUGGACAGGCACCAAAGUUAUUUUCUUAUCUGUCCUCUGGAUGAGUGGAACUAUGGAGCAAGUGAUGUGGAAUUAAUGGGCGCAACAGCUGUAGAGACAAUCAAUAACACAGACAGUUCUGGAAAGAACACAUCACUUGUGCUCGUUUGAUGAGCUUGUCACUUUCUAAUCCCUCUCUCCAUCCUGUUUCACUUUUGGGAAACUUUAACUGCUCAUGUCAGCUAUUCUGAUUCUGAAAUAGGAUCAGCCCUUUACUACAACAGCCUUCUAUAUCUAUUUAUUGCAUCUGUUCAUGGUUUGUGAAUAAAGGCAGGAAGAAGCUUGCUGAAUUUAAACCUUUAAGAACUGUUUUAAGGGAACUUCUUUUUUUCCUUUUUUGAAACUUUGUACAAUUUUAGUAUCUAUUUCAGAAUAUUUAAAAAUAUUUAUUAGAGAACAUACAGUAUGAGACAACUUUUGUUACUGAGAUUGCAGUUCUUCAAGGGUUAAUGGUAUGUGAUUUAUACUGUGCCUUAAUUGUAAUGCUAUUUAAAAAAAUAUUUAUUUUGAAAGUUUUACUAUGCUGCGCUCUAAAGAAAGCAACUUUAGAUGUGACACUGUAAAAUUAUGUAUUCAUCUCAUGGCAUAAAUUAUUUAGCAGGUUUAGAUGUAGCAUAUUAAAUAUUAACCUAAUCAAUUAAAGAUGUUGACUUGGAUUUAUUUAAAUUCAGUACAUGCACUGUAUGAGGGUACUCUUAAAUUAACACUUUUUAGGUUUUUACAUUAAAUAUUGCUAGUUCCAGGCUUUUCCCUCUUAAGUAUUUUUUUCAUGUAGGCCUCUCAAAUACAUUAGUACAGGUUUUCUUUUUUCCACAUAUCUGUAUGUAGACUAUUUUUUCAUUUGCUUGAGAAUGCUGCUUUACAUUGUCCUGUGAAACUGCAAUACUUGCAAUUUUUAUUCUUGACCUAAUUGGAAUUUAAUAUUUUACACUGUAUUGGAUUUUUUUAUACUUGAACAAUUUCAUACAAGGGAAGACAGAAUAGCAUUUUUAUGGACUUUAUCCAAUGUCAAUGGAUUUAUUUUAAGUAUUCUGAAUACUAGCCAGUGUUAUAUAAUGUAGACAUGACUCCUGUGCUAUUUAUUCAGUAUGUAUAUUGCCUUAUAACAUUUCAGAUCUUCUAAUCUAUCACUUGUAUUAAAUAUAAUAAAAAAUAUUGUUGCAUCCAGUCUAUUUACAUUUGUGCUCAACUAGUAUUGGAUGUCUUCUAACUGUAAUUAGAAGCCUUGACUUAUUUGUAAAA